AUGCGAUUUUUCCGAGGCUCUUCGUUGUCCUUGCAAGCCGCAUGUCGCUUGGAGCCAUUGCCUUUGGUGUUUGGGAACGCCCAGUUUGAUGCGAUCGUUCCGGUGCUGGGCGUUGCCACCAUGGGUGUUUCGAUGUCGUUGAGAAGCCCCGCCAGGUUGGACCCAUCUCCGCCAACCUUGGAUUUUGCUUCGACGGGCUCCACGUCGUCCUUGCGAAGCUUCGCGCACCUGGAAGCUGCCACAUCGACCUCAGGAAGCAUGUGA